ACGAAUGGGCUCCACCAUCGCCUCCUCGGCCACACCAAUCCACAAUUUCUGGCCAUGUCGACGACUGCCUUUGAGUCGGAGGUUCGGAUCCGGCCUAUCAUUGCGACAUGUCGAUCGGAAGUACGAACUCUUGUUUUGGACUGUCUAUUCUGAGGCCUCAAGUCACAUCGCAGAGUCCUCUGGAGAUUUCAUCGUGACUGAUCCGAUCCACAUUCAUUGUUGACUGUUCCCAAAUAAGCCUAAGCAGCUUAUAGUGUUCGGUUCCUGCCCGUGGAUCGCUGUCCCACAAUUCCGGCAACCCCUGGGUGGGAGUCGUGGCCAUGAGAACAGGCCAUGACGAGUCGACGCGUACGCAAGCUACAGAGUACAUUCGCGGCAAAUCUUUUCGUGAACCCGCUAUUGGACAUGUGUACCCCUCCAAAGGUCAACAUAUGGGACCAGGACGCCAUUUCCGAGACGGGAUCUCAUAUAUUUCUUCGACAUGACGGUAACGACUCCUCGCCGCUGUCGUCACCGCUGAUUCUGGACUCUAACGACUUGAGCGCCGUCUUCAUGAACCGAUCCUUCAAAAAUGUUUUCGGAACUCGUGUCCAGGAGAAUCUCGGCAAGAAGUAUUUGACGUUCUGGGCCGGGGAUAAGGGCGACGGGAUUGGGGACGGUUAUGGACUCGCAUACGACGAUACCUACCGCCUAAUCUACAAGAUAUCUGCACAGAAUAUCCAAGUGCACAGUGACCUCCAUGAGUUUGCGUUCACAGGUAACGGAACGGCCCUGGUCACGGGUGUUGACAGGCUUCAACGGCGUGCGUCAGACUUUCCCCAAUGGUUGGUACCCUCCAGAUUCGAGGUCCUGGACGCCAUUUUCCAGGAGAUUGACCUCGAGACGAACGAGGUACUGUUCAAUUGGCGAGCUCUGGAUCACAUCAACCCCAUGGACUCUUAUGAGCCGAGAGGCCCAGGCUGGGAUGCCUAUCACUUAAACAGUAUUGAAAAGACUCAGGCAGGCAACUAUCUCAUCUCAAUCCGUCAUCUGUUUACCAUAUUCCUCAUUGACGGGAAGACGGGUGAUAUCAUCUGGAGACUGGGCGGCAAACGCAACGACUUUGUUGAGCUGCCUCCCGCUGAAGACGCCGAGUCUGCCCAACCCGUGCUGACAAUGAGUUGGCAACACCACGCUCGCUUCGUCCCCGGAACCAAUGAGACCCAGAUGACCUUGUUCGACAACCACUCCAAGCUCACUACGCACGGCAAAUGCGAGUCUGACUGCUCGCGCGGCCUGCAUAUCGCCAUUGACGACACCUCCUCACCCCCGACCGUCCAGCUCCUGCGCGAGUUCCGUCACCCAUCGCAGCUUCAGGCUCAGAGCCAGGGUAGUAUGCAGCCCCUCUCGCCCUCCCCCGAUGAUCUCGGCAACGUGUUUAUCGGCUGGGGGCGGUGUCCGACGUUCACGGAGCACAACUCGUCGGGCAAGACAGUCAUGGACGUGCAGUUCUCACCGUGGCACAGCGACGAGAUCCCCGACGCGCUCGACAACUACCGUGCGUACAAAAUGGACUGGUCGGCCACGCCUUGGUGGGGUCCUGCCAUUGCCCCGAGGAAGAACCAGGAGGGGGAGCUGGUUGUCUACGUCAGCUGGAACGGAGCGACAGAGGUAGCAAGUUGGGUUGUUCGAGGAGCGGCCAGUGAUCUACUGGGCCAGAAAGACGAAGUGCUGUCGAUGUCACGGCGGACUGGCUUCGAGACCAAGUUGACGAUUGGGCAGACGGAUUGGCGAUACUUGUGGGCUGAAGCCGUGGAUGGCAAAGGUCGCGUACUUCGGUUGACUGAUGUUGUGGAUCUGAAAACCACGAAUCUAUCGGUCGCCUCUGACACAUACGACGAUACUGAUUGCUCGUUUCCUCCCUCGAAGGCGGAGAAUCCUGCUCGGUCCCCAACAACUUUCCUGAUAUUCAUGGGCACCGGUUUGGGGGUCUUCAUCUUGGCGUCUAUAGUGGCGGGAGUCUUCCUGUGGCGCCGGCGCAGGGACUACAACCACCUGAAGGCCGAAGAUUUUGAUCUCGACUUGGAGGAGGAUUUCGAUGAUGUGCAUAACGACGGCGAUGAUGUCGAUGUCAAGGACGUUGACAUUGACCCGCAACUAGGCGUGGACGAAGACCGUCGUGCUCUUAUUCCAAAGGCGGAACCGGGGAAGUAGAUACCGUUAGGCCAAUAUUUUCCUAGCAAUGAAGUUAUGAACAGGUUGAGGGUUUGACGGGUAUGACAAGAGACGAUGAUCGAACACCGACUGGCUGAGGUGGCGGGGAUCAAA